ACGUCACCGCGGCGGAGGAGAAGAAAGAGGCCUAGAAUGUUGCGGCGAGCUGUGGCGGCGGCGACAUUCGUUCACGAACCCUGAUCCGUGUCGGACGCGCCGCGCAAAUCGUGUCCUGCCCAGUUUGUGUACACCUGCCCUUUGCCGUAAGUGUUCGGAAUCAUGGACAGUCCGAAGAACAGUGCGUCUGCCGCGACGCAGAGCGCGUCCGAGGCGCAGCGUCUCUACAGCCUCUCCCUGUCCAAGAUCGCGCGCUCUCGCGCCGUCCGCGGCGGCAUCAGCCUGCACAAGAACCUGCUGGUGGCCACCGUCCUGCAGAAGGCGCGCUUCCAGAUCUACAUGGAGGACGUCCAGCAACUGUGGACGACGUCCAGCGAGCCCUCCAAGGAGACGGAAAAAGAGGAAGCCCCUUCGGAGCAGGAAAGUGUGCCCGAGGAGGACUUUCUCCAGCCGGCCUCGCCAGCCGCAGACCUGAUUCCCUUCCAGGAGUCCGACUCGGACGCCGGUUCCGACAAGGAGAACUGUUUGCCCACCUACCUGGACUUGGACUCUCGUGUCCGUGAAACGGGACAGCCGACCAUCAAUGUUCUGAGAGAAAUUCGUCCAGCCAACUCGGAGCCAAGCAACCUGAAGAGAAGGAAGGCCGUCAGCGAGUGGGAGACCGAGGAGGCCAUCCUGUCCAUCCUGCCCAAGAAGAGCAAGAGUCUGGAUGACUCGGGAGUGGCUGACCUUUUUUCGGACUACGAAUCGUCGUCGUCGAACGAUUCAGACGAGCAGCAGCCGGACGACCCGUCCACCUCGAUGGAGAUCGACCGCAUCACCAGCCUAGUGUCCAUCUUCAGCUUCGGCAGUCUGGCCAACCUGGACGGCAGCACCUCCGGAGGAAAGCUCACCCGGACAGUGUCCACGCCGGACUUGUGCUCGGCGCAAGCCAAGGAGCAGAUCGGUGACUCGUUACAGCAGAGAACAAACUUUAUCGCCAUGACUGUCUGAUCGCGCCGCUGUCUGUCACGUUGUCCGACGCCGGACUGACUGAUUUUUUUUUUAUAUACAUAAAUUAAUUAAUUGUUGUUGAUUAGUUGCCAGUAUUUGAACUUCUCUGUUAAUUUAAAAUUUUCCCCGUCAUGUGAUAUUUGGGACUUUUCCGGAAUUUAAUUAAUGCGCAUCGCCAUUAUUUUUUUAAUUUAUUAUUUCGUCCUCAUGAAUUCAGAAUUAUUGUAUAAUUUUCGUCCGGAAAGUAAAAAUUAAUUGCGGCAGUUUUGUCAAUUUUGAAUGGGGUUUCGUUGUUAGUGAAAUUGUGUUUAGGUAUGCGGGGAGGCCGAAGCGACCGACGCGCUGUUGCUAUUUCCUUUCAACGACAAUUAUUAUAGCCGCUGCGCUGCUUUGCUACCUUUGAUUUCCCCCAGCGUAGCGAACCAACGAGCAAACCUCCCCUGUUAAAAAAGUAUUUGAAAAGAGGUCCAGGUGCAGAGCACGCAAUUGCCACGGCCAAGCGCGCGAGCCAGCCAGCAUCGAACAUUCGAGGACGCAAAACGAAUACACAUAAAUACCUGUCGCGUUUCAAACUCGGAAAACUGUGAAAUCGGGCGGCUCUGUUUUAAGAGCCAUUUAUAGUAGUUGACUAGCUCCUCUCACUGUCUCUGUGCAUAAUAUAUAUAUGAUGGAUUUUAUUAUUUUUAUAUCAAUAAAAAUGAAAAUGGUUAAAAUGAUAA